GCUUGACAUAGCAGCUGCAUUGUAUUUAGGAAGUGCGCCGAUUUUCAUCUUGAUAUGACCGAACUUGUGCUUUUAGUUGGACCGCCUUUGGUGGGAAAAUCCUUGUAUUGUCUUAGUCAUUUCUCCGUGCACUAUGUGAGAAUCUCUAUAAAAGAGGAGCUGGAGAGUAAACCCGAGGUUGGACUGCGAUACGUCAUCAACAAAGCUGUCACUCAACUUAAACAGGGUAAAAAUGUCGUAAUAGAUGAUGAAAAUGGAUCAAAGUCGAAAAGGAUUUCAUUUAUCAAAGUAGUGAAGGAUAAGAUCCCAGGCUGUUCGAUUCGUUGCAUUAAUCUGACACCAAAGUGCGGGUAUGACCAGUUAUUGUGGACAGUUGCCUACCUCCAAGCCACUUGGCUUGAAACGCAUGCCUAUGAAACGCAAUCAGAGCCUUGUCCAUAUCAGGAGAACAUGCUGGAGCGUUGGAUGACUGAUGUGGGCGAUGGAAGUGAUGCGCCAGCCUAUGGUGAAGGGUUUAACAACAUAGUUGACGUCUCACUGGAAUUCGUUGUUCAUUCAUAUCAUAAGUUUGAGGUGCCAUGUCUCUUUAUUGAGUACCAAGGUAUAGUAGAGAAGGCCUCUGACAGUGUGAUGGAUGGAGUGGUCCCUGCCAUUGUCCUUUGGUGUGAAGCCAACUCAUGUGGUUGUGUGGUUCUCAUAUACGGCCAUGUAACAGGUAUCCACCCAACUGACAAACAUGAAAAGAUGCGAGUCAUCUUGAAAAAGAUUGUCUCCAAACUUAACACCAUUCCAGUAUUUGUUCUAUCCGUCGACGCUGCCCAGUCCUCCACCUCAUUCUUCGUCCAUCCUCAGCCGGGUAUUUUGGCACUCGGCAGUCGACUCUUCCACCUGGAUCUAUCACACAAGGCCACCAUGUAUUUGUACUCAACACAAGACCAUAUGAAGUGUGCUGACAAUGCGGGAGUUCGAUACAUCAGGGCAUCUCGUGUCUUCAACCAUCCAAAACUGGUGACUUCUUAUACAAUGGCGACAUCCCCAUCAAUCCCAGAAGUAUUGAAGAACAGGAAAGUGACGUGGCCAAAAACCACGGCUCCUGAGGCCUCAAUGCCACUGCUAUCUUCCAAAGGUGACACAGUGGACGAGAUACAUUACAGUUGCUGCCAGCUGAAUGGGAGGAUAUCUAUUCAUCUGUGUUCCCAGUCAAAAGAUUCUUGUGAGAGUUUCGACCAGUUUUACCAAAAGCAUGCCACUCCAAUCACGGAAGAUGGCAGCAGACUAGAACAGAUAGAAAAAGAAACAAAGGAGUCCGUAAUUGAGAACUUUGCCCCUACCCUUGAGGUAGAGUCUCGGCCUUCACCAGCAUCGUCUAAAUCUCGGCGAUCGUCUGCUUCAUCAGACACCACCACCACCACUAUGGGGCAGGACCUGCCUAAGUGGAUGGUCAAGAAGAACAUUAGCCUGAACAAGAUGUUGGAUACUCCAAAAAAAGACCGCAAGUCACCCAGGAAGACGAGUCAGAUCUUCACGACAGUCUACGUUAUGAGCCCAUCUGAAUUGAUGGACAAUGCUAAGGCCAUACUUCAACAGGGUGAAGGAGAAGCGUUCAUGGGUGAUCAAAUGUCUGAAAAUGCUGAACCCGAGGACUUGAAGGCCCUUCAUUAUAAACCAGACACUGGGACAAGGCAUGUUCUGUCUCCUAAAACAGAAGGACCAAGAAGUCACCUUCUGACUCCUUCUGAUAAAUCUAAAAUUGAACAGGACCUGCAAAAAGAAAGUUUUAAGUUUGUAAAAGAGGAAUUUAAUGAAUCCAUGGCAGUGGAACGUUCAGCAGACUCCACUGCUGUCUUCUUGCAAGAGGAUGCAGUCACGCCCGCACUAAGAGACAUACACGAAACCACGAAAUCAAGCUUGGAUGAUAUCUUUAGUGGUAAACCAAUGUCAAAGAAGACGAAGCCUGCAAAAACAAGGGCUGUGAGAAGACCACCAGACGUCUCCGAUGAAGAUGAAAAGCCACCUAAAUUUUUGGCUUCCAAAGCAGUGGUCGACAGUCCACAAAAGAAGUCAUCGGCCCUUGAUAAUGAAUUUUCGUUUCUGGAUGAUAUAUUUUAAU